AUGACUAUGCGCGACGAGUUAUAUUCGUCGCGCAAAAUUUACGCGACGCUUAUUUAUGCGUCGCGUAUGAUGGAUGAAAGAAGAUGGGAAGACUUAAACAUAGACUGUAUGGUGAAUAUUUUGGGAAGAGUUGCUGAAAAUUGGGUUGAUGACCCCUUGCUACAAAGAUUUGUCCACCAAUAUCAAAUUGAUGCGAGUCACUUCUCGACCACUGCGUUUAUUAAGUUCGUCGUCAAUCGUAGCAAAGGACAUGCUACUGCUCUCAGGCUACCUCCAUAUGCUUCAGAAACAGACUUGAAAUAUGUUUCAGAUGUGUGUGGUGACCUCAAGAGUGUUGGAUUUCCUGCGGAUUUAGUUUACGACAAAUCAGGUGUAAUAACAGAGCUGAUUGGUAAGUGGAAACGUUUGGAGUGGUUGACGUUGGGAAGCAGCUAUGAUUUGGUGAAAAUCCUCUCACAGAUCAGCAUUCACUGCAAAGAUUUUUGGGGCUUACGUGUGUCUAAUUCUAAUAUUUUUAACGAUGAGGCUAUUGCAAUUGUCAACUUCCUGCCUAAGAUUAAGCAUUUGAUCUUGAGGGAUGCACAUAUUGAUCGGGAUGCUCUUAUGAAGUUACUGCAAGGUUGCACGGAGCUUCAGGUUCUGGAUGUCCGUGAUUGUAUUGGUUUUAGUGAGGAUGAUGGGGAAAUUUUAAAGCUUGCUUCUCAUAUUACUAAUUUCAGCUGCAAGGGCUCUAGAGAGUAUGAUUAUGAUGAUGAUGGUUUCUAUGAAGGAGGCAGUUUUUUGUUUGACGAUGUGGUAUAUGAUGGAUAUUAUUCUGAUUAGGCGUGCCGGACUGAAUUUUCUUUGGAGAGUUUACUCUUGUUAACCUUGUGUUUCUCCUUUUACUUUCAUUUAUUUUCAUAUUACUCCAUUUACUUAAGUU